CCGUGUGGUUCAUUGCCGCCAGUGAUUUGUAGAACAGAGUCAGUAGGUUGUGGCCCUGCUCCAGGUGCUCGUCGUUGGUCGCAGUCUCGUGUUCACCGCACUCUUCGCCGGUCAUCAUAUUCGCUUUCUUGCCGGACACGCUUCUCUACUGUACAAACAUAAGUCAACUCCGUCUAUCAAAAGCACUAUAUAAAAGUGGUAUGCGAUUUUAAUCAAGAAUUCGGUUAUCAAACGCUCAAACUUGGUCAUUAAAAUAAGAAAUCAACGCUUUUGACACACCGCUAUUCGACCAACAUCGCCAUGAAGAGUCUCGGACUUACCGGGUCGAUUUCAAUUUUGGCCAUUUGCCUAUGUCUUUGCCAGUGUAUAUUACACCAAGGUGUUGCGGCAGCGAGAGAUUCCGGUUGCCCGAGAAUUUGUCCACAGGGCAGUUCUGAAGAGCCAGUUUGCGGUUCUGAUGGAAUCAUUUACCCGAACAGUUGUGAACUCAAAAAGAAAACUUGUGGCAAAGGCGUAACAGAAGCUGAAAAUUCUACGCAAUGUUUGCGAGCUUACGGAUCGAGUUGCGAACACCGUUGCAGCAAAGAACAGGAUCCAGUGUGCGGAACGGAUGGCCGAACGUACUUAAACCGAUGCAUGAUGCAAGUAGAAAUAUGCAGAGUUGGCACUUCCAUGUCGCAUCUUGGGCCUUGCAAUAACAUAUCAGCCCACCGAGAAAAUUGUCCAGUGAAUUGCGAUCAAGCGCCAAUGGAUGGGCCAAUAUGUGGUUCCGAUGGCAACGUUUACAGAAACACUUGUCAAAUGAAAUUGUUUACUUGCGGACAAGGUGUGGUGAGGACUUCUAAAAAACAUUGCCAAACAACAAGACAUUGCCGCGAGUCAUGCUGGCGCGUUUCAAAGCCGACUUGUGGAUCCGACGGUGUUAUCUACAGCAACGCGUGCCGAAUGAAAUCAAAGAACUGCGGCAAACAUGUAUUUGAGGUUCCCAUGGCAUUCUGCUUAAGUCAAGAACGAAAUCGAAUAGGCUCUUCCAGUGCUUGUCCAGUAAACUGCGAUAAGGAAAAAGAACGUUUAGUUUGUGCAUCUGAUGGCAACAUUUACCGCAACGAAUGUGAAAUGAAAAUGUUGAAUUGCGGUCAGCAAAACAAAAGAAAAGUAACCAAGGUGGACUUUGACAAGUGCAAAAUCAAAGUGAACAAGUGCAAUAAAAUGCAAUGUUCGGAUGAAGCCGAUCCUGUUUGCGGUAACGAUGCACAAACUUACAAAAAUCCAUGUCAUUUAGAACUGGCCACUUGUUUGAGAGGAAUACAAAUGGCUCAUGUCGGUAAAUGCUCAUCACUAUUGACAGCUGAAAAGUGUCCAGAAAGUUGCGAAAAUGAACGCGAAGAACCUGUAUGUGGAUCAGAUGGUAACGUUUAUAGGUCCGAUUGCGAUUUGAAGAUGAAUACUUGCGGUCAGAAAGUUGUGGCUGUACCGCCACACCACUGUCCUACCACAGCGCAAUGUAAACAGCAAUGCGAAAAUGUUAAACAGUUUGUUUGUGGUUCUGAUAACAAAUUUUACAGAAACGAAUGUGAAAUGAAACGUGAAAACUGUGGGAAACAUGUAUAUGUUGUGCCAAUGAAAAGAUGUCUGGCAGGAUUCCAGUUCAAAGGUUGCCAACGAGUUUGUCCACCACUGUAUGAUCCAAUUUGUGGUUCAGACUUAAAAACAUACAGUAAUGAUUGUUUCUUGGAAAUGGAAAACUGCCGAUCCCGGUCACUAGUCACAAAGCAAUACCAUGGCGUGUGUGGUCAGCCAGUAGAAGAACCCAAAAACUAUCUGUACUGAUGCUAUUCAAUUUAAAAUGAAAUAGGUCUUCAUUAUUGUUCUUCGUCUCAUAUAAUUACUAAGUCAUCAAUCAGGACUUUUUAAUUUAAUAUAGUUUUAUUCACUUAGUAUCUUAAAUUCAAAAUUAUGUGUAACAAUUCCCCUCAUUAUUUCAUUUUUGUAUUGCAGCAAUAGUAAUUAUCAUUACAAUGUAUUUGGCUUUUAAGACAAAAAUUAAUCAAAUUACAUUGUAUUACCUGAAUUAGAUUAUUAGGGACUUGAGAAUUAAUUUUUAAGCUUUAUUUAUUUAUGUUUUUACACGUGUGUAUGUGAAUCUGUAUUAAUAUUAUUUAAAUAUUAUCAUGUAUGUAUAAUUAUCCCAUUGUUCAAUAGACUGCUCACCUUCCAACUAAGCUUAGUGAAGUCUGUAGUCGUAAGACAGCAUUCGCUCAUAAUAUCUAUUGCGAAUAAGUGCCAAUUUAAAAUAUAUAAAAAUAAAUUAUUUAUUUAAAUAAUGCAACGAUUUCAUAGAUUAUAUGAACACAUAAAAUAUAGGAUAAAUCUUACAAAAUCCUAAGUUAAAUUAAGAAUAAAACUUAAUUAUAACUAUUAGUUUUUUAAUUAAUCACAGAAAAAUCAUCUAUAUAUUAUAUGACAUUAUUGAUGAUUAUACAAAUUUAUUUUUCAAUUACAGAUCCAAAAUAAAUUAAGUAUUUCUUUUUAAUGGAGUCAAACAACUGCCCGAGGGGUAUGCUUUUUUAAACUUUUCUAUUAGAUCUUGAUCUGUUAAUCUUAUACCUUCUACCUGAUUUCCAAGAGUUAUCCUAAACAUAAUUAUAAAUAAAUAAUAAUUAAGCUACUUCUGAUCUAAUAAAAAUUUACCAAUUUGGUUGAAUAUUAUGAGCUCGGCCAAAGAGUUCAAUUUUUCGAGUACCAGGUGACAAUCGUUCGAUUAUACCAUAAAUUUCAUCUGGUUUAUGACUAGUAUCUCUUACUUCAGCUACAAUAACAUCACAGUCUAGACCACAAUUUAAAUUUGCCGGUUUUCCUUUCAUUCC